AUGCACAAUCGAUCCUACCUUCUGCUGCUAGCCGUCGUAGUUUUCGCUGGGACUACAUCAUCAACCGAAUGUACGCGGGAAGGACUCCUCUCGGCUGCAAACUCGUAUCUAGCAGCUCAGGUAGCGGGUAACCCUAGCACUCUCAGCCUCACAUCCACCAACUUCACAUACCUCCAAAACAACAGGGCUUCUGACAUUGCGACCGGUCUCCUUUCGAGGCCGUUUGUCAUCAAUUUCAACCGCUCCACCGCCGACACUGCAGCAUGCGCCAGCUACACAAUGUGGAUCAGCACAUCUGGAAGCCAACCGCAUGUCGUUGGUACACAGAUUCGCCAUGCAGAUAACGACACAUCAACAACUAGCUCCAUCGACACGGUGGCCGCCACAACAGGCGACCUGUUUUUUGAUGCUGCAAAGACCUUAUCCUACAUCCGCGCCGAAACCUGGUCCACCCUUCCCGCGUCAUCGCAGCCUUCUCGUGCCCUUCUCAGAUCUAUCGGUGAUGCAUAUCUCGACAUGUGGACAAACACUACUGCUGCCGACACUAUUCCUUGGGGUCCACAGUGUGAAAGGGUGGAAGGAAGCAUGUAUACGAAUCCUUGCGGGGGUAGUCUACCGCACGGGGGAAGUCAGAAAGUGAAUGGAAUGAGACGGUACGUCAUUGAUGAGACUAUUGGAAGCGUGCAGGUCAGUUGCCAGUUUGACAGCUUAGGGCCUUGGCCAGACAGCCACGAGAUCAGGGUUGAAGAGGGAAGGGUUAGGUAUGUGCAUACUGUGACAGUGCUGAGGGGUGUUGGUGCUUUAGGUGGGCUGUGA